UGCCAUCGCUGUCAUCAGAGACAAGCAUCUCGUCUCGUGUUGCUUUUGUUUUCGUUCGCUGGUGUCGCGUGUGACUGAUGGAGAUGCUGGGCAUGUAACGGGAGCAGAGCGCCAACAUGGCCCCAGAAACGGGCAUCAUGGAAGCGGUGCAGCGCGGGAACGUGGAGCAGUGCGCACGACUCAUCCAGAGAGACUCCUCGGUCCUCACAGAGAAAGGGUGGGGAGGCUUCACUGCGCUCCACUUCGCUGCUCUCCAUGGCAACCGAGCUGUAGCUGAGCUCCUGUUGGACAGUGGAGCCGACACAAACGCCCCCUGCCAUGCCGGACACACACCCUUCCACUUCGCCUGCAGGCAUGGUAAUGUCCAUGUCGUCCAUAAGAUGCUUCAGCUGGGGGCGGAGCUUAAGCUGAGAGACCAUCAGGGCCGAAAUGCACUACACCACGCCACCACCGGAGGGAGCAUUGUGUGUGUGCAGUACCUGUGGGAGAGUGGUGUGUUCUCCUUCAGUGAUGUGGAUCUCGCCCUCCUGACUCCACUACAUAUGGCCGUCAUCAUUGCAAACACAGACCUCGUCAGAUACCUGCUGAGAAAUAACAGGUGUGCAGUGGAGGCGGUGGACAGUCAGGGUGUGUCUGCGCUGCACGUGGCUGCAGAGAGGGGCAGUGUGGAGGUGAGCUGGCUCCUACUGCAACACGCCGGAGUCUCACUCUUACACACCAAGACACACGCAGGACACACACCGCUCCAGCUAUGCAACCGCGGGACAACCUAUAGGCAUCGGGAACUCAGUAAGCUCCUGAGCUACUAUGAGAAGAAACCACUGGACUACAAGCCCACAGACUCUCAUGGUGUGUACUACUGGACGCUGCUGCUGCCGUCUCUGAGUGGGGGUGUGGUCUUGCUGAUCUCCGUAGCGAUGGGCGAAUAUGGGGGCGUGGCCUCAGGAAUCCUCUUCCCGAUAUUGGCCAAAGCGACUCUCACACAAUACCACCGCAUCAGCUCAUACCAGAGGUUUCCUAACCCUGUGUAUCUGGGGACUCUGUCAGCUGGGAUUCUCCACUCGACCGUUUGCCUUUUCUACAAGAUCAUCCCCAGUGUGUGGCCAGCCACAGUGCUGUUGCGCGUUUGUGUUCUGGAGUGCUCUGUGCUGCUGCUGUUGUUCUGGAAUCUUGUGCGGCGAGACCCGGGAGCCAUGACGACGGCUGACGCACACCCCAAAUACACCACCGUCACCCAGCUCAUACAGAGCCAGGAGAGCUUACAGAGAUUCUGCACACACUGUGAGUUGUUUCAGGUGGACAACAGUAAGCACUGCCGCCUGUGUGGUAUUUGUGUUUUGGACUACGACCACCACUGCCUCUUCCUGAACCGCUGCGUUGGCCGCGGCAACCACCGCCUCUUCUUGCUCUUCCUGGUUGCCAUGGUGUCUUGCCACGUCCUCUUCCUGAUCGGGGCCGGCCUCUACCUGUGGCCCCUCCUCCUGGGAGGGGAGGAGCCUGUAACCGCGGUGAUGGGGCGCGAGGCCUGGGUGCUGGGACUGGCGGUUAUGAACGCCCUGACGAUGGCCUGGCUCCUCUGGUUGCUAUGGGAUCAGUACCGAGUGGUCUCCGUGGGGACCACCAGCUACUUCCUGCGCCCCGUGGAGGUGGGGCUAACCACAGCGCAGCGCGUGAGGAACUUCCUGCUUUUCCUUCUCAAGGGCCGGAGAGUCAGGGGGCCGGACAGAGGAAAAGCCUACGCCGUUUAGGCAGUUCAGUGUGUGUGUGUGUGUGUGUGUGUGUGUGUGUGUGUGUGUGUGUGUGUGUGCGUGUGUGUGUGCGCGAGCAUUCGUGCGUGCAUCUGUGUGUGUGCACGUGUGUAAUUGUGUGUGUGCAAGUAUGUGUGUGUAUUUUGGCUUUGAUUUUAAGGGUUUAACAUUUCAUAACUUUUAAGUGUUUAUCAAUGUGUCUUAAAGGGAACGUUUUAAUAUUGUGUGUGUGCAGAACACGUCAGGGCUUGACAUUGGCACCUUCCGAUCAGCCAGAUGCUGGGAAAACAAUUUCAACUGGCUGACAAUUUCAGUCUCACGGGCCACUUUGAGACUUAUUCUUUGGUGUGACAAAUCACAGUAGCUGCUUCAAUUGUUUGUAUUUAAAAUGUAAGAAUAUUCUAAAGAAAAAAAAACUGACAACGAAACUCUGGCUUGCAGAAAGUCUAAAAAGCUAGUGACUCGGGAAAGCGACUAGCCACAAUGACCGGAGAGCAAAAAAGUUUACGCCAAGCCCUGACAUAUGUGUGUGUUCAGUGUUUUUAUCUGUGACCUAAAGCUGCAACUUAUUCAUUCCAAAAUUUAAUUUGAAUGUAAUUAAUGUGUUUUUAUGAGUCUGUGGGAUUGUAAGAUUUUUAUUUUUCUGUUAUUACACUGUAUUAUAUUGUUUUAUAUAUCAUUUCACAACUGUUCAGUGUUGCAUAAAUGUGUCUUAAAGGGACUUGCAGCACAUGCAGGUCUGCAGCACAUACAACAUACAUGUGUGUGAUUUACGUACCUGACGGCAUAAGCACUGUUUACAAUGUAGUGAAUUCAUUCCAGGACUAAAAGCGAAUGUAGAAGUGUGAGCCAGGACUGUAAUGUUCCUCUAAAAGGGAGAUGUGUGUGUGUGUGUGUGUGUGCAUGCAUGCGUGCGUGUAUGUGUCAGGGCUUGGCAUUAGCACCUGCCAACCGGCCAAUGUAAAGAUAUCCUACCUACUGUACAUUCCACCAGCAA